AUGUCUUUUUCGUCCUACAAUAUGAUGGAUUCGGGGGGUGCCGGUAUCGCUGAAUCUCCACCAACGUACCAUCGCACCUACGAACAAUACGUCCAAGGAGCUGUCGAGAACAGUACUGACUCAGCUCAAGACCAAACCAGCCCAGAACUAGUGGUCUGGUCCACACUACCGUACGGCUUGGACUAUAGGACACAAUACGAAUACAGAAGCCCUUAUGACACUACCAGGGACUAUACCACUCAGCAAUACGCAAGAGCUCCGUUUACAACGAAAAUGGGGCAAGCAAAAGCUCUGAAAGAGGCCAGAAUAAGGAGGCCUAUGAACGCCUUCAUGGUUUGGGCAAAGGUAGAACGGAAGAAAUUGGCUGACGAAAAUCCCGACCUACACAACGCUGAUCUGAGUAAAAUGCUAGGUAAAAAAUGGCGUUCGUUGACCCCUCAAGACAGACGACCAUACGUCGAGGAAGCCGAGCGUCUUCGGGUUAUCCACAUGACUGAGCAUCCUAAUUACAAGUACCGUCCACGACGAAGGAAACAAAAUAAGACCAGACCGAACCAGCCAGCGGCGCCAGCAAGCGCGCCGCCCGCUGCCUCCGCUGCAUUAGGAUCCCCUUACGCUACAGGAACGGACUCCCCCGAUACUCGCUUUUCCCAUAAUCCUGCUGCCGGCUUCUCACCUUACCGCACCUCGCCACUUGCCUCCGACUACCAGGCAAACCAGUAUAACGGACACGUUCAAACGCCGGAGUCUUCCCCAGCAAGGUCUCCAGAACCACAAGGCAGGAGAAGUGCGCCAGCUGAAGCUCCCCUUCCUACACCCGAUGCUUCUCCCGUCGAAAAUGAAAAAGAAAACUACCAGUACGAAGAACGACGAAGAGCUAUAAAUGCUUCGUCGAUCUCGGACUCUUACUCCUAUAAAUUCAGAACCCCUGGUUCCUUCUCACCUGCACCUGUUGCAGCUAUGGGAAUGGCAAAUGGUAUGUACGUUAUGUGUACGCAAAGGACUCUGGCAGAACAGCCUCCGCUAGUAACGGGGACGUUCUUUCCGCCGGUAGCAACAUCUCAAGAUCAACAGACUCUCGGUAAUUCAGCUCCAAGAGUUUCUUCCGCACCAAGCGGUUCUCUGAACACAGAAUACAAUAUCCAGUAUCAUCCGUACGAACAAUAUGAACACAUGUACAAAACCGAGGACUCGUAUGUGUCGCACUAUCCUGAACAGCCGAAAACAGAGUACGACGCGGGUGGCAAUUACUUCUCCGAGGAACCACCGUCAAACCAGCCUUCCGAAUCGGAACAAGGAUUUAUGACCGCACGUCCAGAGAUAAGGGCUGGCUCGCCCGAAUCAGAUGUAGAUGCUCGGGAGUUUGACAAGUACUUGGACUACGGGACUGAAGGUACCAUGGAGCAGCAUCAGCAAUAUAGAUAUGAACAACAAGGAUACAGACCUUAUUGUGGCGACCCCGCGCCAGGAUUAGAAUAUUGUUCCGAAAGAAUGUAUGCUUCGCCAUACCCGACAGUUAUCACUGGAGCUCCUCCGCCAGGAAUAUAUGCACCGCCUGCACCAGGUGCCGAAGUUCGACCGGAAGACGAAUUCAGUGUAAUCUUAGCUGGGGUUAGACAGACUUGUUACAGUAAUUGA